CUUAGUUUCCACUGAGACGCCGCACGUUCCAGUCGUACGCGCGCAAUUCGGUACAUAAACGUUUCGUACAACGCGAGAACAUUUUCUGGUGCACGGUGAACGGACUUUGGUUAUUAAACUGCAAGACACUAAUCGUAGUGUGCUCAGUCGUGAGCGACAAGUUGAACGUGCUCGAUCGAUUCGGUUGGUUUUGACAUUACGACGACUGUUUUAAAUAAAUUCGUGCAAAAUGAUGCACACUAUGAGCGAGCACACGGCUGGAGCGGGUGGACUGGGUGUCAGCGUCUUGCCCUUCGACGGGAUGGGUUUGUUCGAGCAACAACGGCCCAGGUUCCUUUUUAAGAUGCCCAGGGUGGUACCGAACCAGAAGGCUAAAUUCGAGACCGAAGAACUCUUCAGGAGAUUGAGUCGCGAAAGCGAGGUCAGAUACACUGGUUAUCGAGACAGACCAAUUGAAGAACGUCAAGUACGCUUUCAAAAUGGUUGUCGAGAGGGUUUUACAGAGAUUGCGUUUGCAGCUACGGGCACUAAUCUCCAGCUCGUAUUUGGCAACAGCACCGCGAACUACAGUAACGAUGUCAACGAUUGCGAUUUUGAGAAAGAACGCGGCAAGGUACACAUCAGAUCACGACUGAUAAUGAACGGCGUGUGCGUUUUGUGGCGUGGUUGGAUCGACUUGGAGCGACUCGACGGCGUGGGGUGCUUGGAAUACGACGAGAAACGUGCGGCGGAAGAGGACGCUUUCCUCCGCGACCAACUGGAACGUUACAACCAGCGAGUGCGCGAUUUCGACGAGAAGCAAAGGGCAUACAGAGCGGGUGCCACUCAACCGCCGCAUAUUAACCAUCACCAUCAUCACCACCAUCAUCACCACGGUCACCAUGGACACCACGUUACCGGAGCGGGAACCGGUGCCACAGGAGCUAUUGAGCCUCACCUCACCCACCGACAGGACCCUGAGAUGGAGGUCAGGCUGAGAUCCUACUGAGGAACCGAGAAACCCGCCAGCGAUGCAUCUUGACUUGUUUCCGAUCUGGGUAUCGUCUUCGAGUCAGCUGAAGGCUGGCAGGGACAUGAAGUCAAGACACUUGAUUCUGGGAGGAAUCUGGACGACGCUGACUGAGUUUUACCAAUUAGUUAAUUAUUAGACUGUGAGAGAUUCAGGAUUGCGAGAUUCGGAAUUGAGAAAUGUUGAUGCAACUGUACUUGUAAUAUUUUAGGAUCUUAAAGUCUUUUCGUUAUUGACUUGUACAUAGUUUUCAGAUCAUUUUCUCCUGUUUCCUUCAAUAUAGAAACUUUAAUAGAUCCUAGCUAUUACAUGCAGCCGAAAUAUCUUCGAUGUGUUCAGCAGUCUUCAUGUUUAUUCACCUGAGUGUUGUUUGGAACCAUUUCUCCUACAGAAAAACGACAAUAUCUAGAGUUUUUAAUUCUUCAUACUGUACGAAGUAUUAAAAAUGCGAUUUCAACAUCUCACGAUUCCCAUGCAUCCUAAUAUUUCCCGUCUUCAGAUUCCUUCUACUGUUUCUAUCGUUCUAUAAAAACGCCGAUUUUUAUAUGGACUAUACUUAUACUGUUCGAUAGAUAUACUGUAAUUAUACUGUUCGUAGAAAACAUUUCUAUGUACAAUUUAAUAUAAGAACCCUCGUAAGACACGUCGUACCUUUCAUCCAUUUUACCAAUUAGGUCCUCGUUGUUCGACCGAUUCGUAGAUAUCUAUCGUCUAGCGCGUUACGUUAGAUAUUAUUUUAUCGUGGUAAGUGGAGCGAAUUGUAAAUUAUUAUUGAAAGGUUCAGAGUCUUUUAUGUGCAUAUGUAUAAAUCUUCACUUUUUUCUUGUUGACGAUGAUAUCAUUUAUCUAAGUGUAAAGAUUGUAUUAUUUAGAUCAUUAGUAUAAAGAUUGUAUAUUAUUUGAAUUCAUACCUUGUUGCAGAAACAGUCGUAAAAAAGUUCAUGCAUUUAUAGUUUUAAGUGAGAUCGAGCUUAAAAUAUAAAACGAGAAUGGAUUAUACUGUAGUGAGCGGAAAUUUUUAUGAUUGUUUCUGUCACAUCGUGCAACGAAUUUUACCUGUACCCUUUAUCCCUUAAUCCUACAAAAAACCAUCACGAAGCUUUGUCUAGCUCGAGUAUAAACGAUUAACAUAUCAGCUUAAAAUAUACACGCAACCCGGAUUAUCGUCAAAAACAUUCAGCAUUUCUUGAACCUUUCUAUCUUGUAUUAUAGAGGUUGAUCCGUGGUUUAUAUUUAAAAUUAAUUCGAUCGUUUAAUGCGACGAUGGAUUUCAUUCAAGAAAUGCUGCAGUCCAAACGUAGAGAAACGAUCGAAGAUGUGCAGACAGACCUAAUUCGCAUAGGUCUUAUUAAAACGGAGCUCUUAAAUAGAACAAGUACGGGUAGUCUUAAUUUUAGAUUUCCGAUCAGAUUUUAUUAUACGACCCUGUAAUUUUUAUCGACAGCAUCAAAUAAGAAUAACUACGAUUUUUAACUAAUUCUUAAAGUCUUCCUAUGACAAACAACAUACCACUCCGUCGUCGCCCAGAAUUUCCUCAACGGAACAAACAACAGGUUCGGAGUAUGUGUAUUAUGUGUGAAAUGUCACGUGGCGGAAUUUCUGGGCGACGACGGAGUGCGUCACGUUCGUUAACUGAAUGGGAGACAUGAUUCACAAGAAGUUCCGUGAACCGAUCACGGAACGCCGUGCGCGAAUCGUCGAACGAACAUCGACGUUUCGUUCUCUUUUCGUAAGAUAAGUAUCCUUUUAUAUCGCAUCACCGUUACGUAUCAUCGUUGCAUACGUGGCGUACAUACCAACAUUCACAAGUUUUAUGACAUGUUAUAAAACACACGAAGUAAGUCAACAAGAAUUGUAAUUUUAAAUGACAGAAAUUACUGAUUCCAUUGAAUAAUCUUAUCUAAGCGAAUUUCAAUUUACUAACAUGCAAAAUGCAUUCGUUUCAUAAACUUCAUCAAAUGAAAAAUUCAUAUGCACGUUCUAAUAAAACGAAAGAAUAGUCAAGUUUUGUUUAAUAAUCUACUAUGUGAUUUGUGUAAUGAUAUAUUUUCCGUUCAUAAUGAUACGUAUCGUUGAUACGAUAGGAUAUGUUAUACUACGUAAAGUUUUCCUUAUAUUGUACAUAUUUGUAAAGAAUUUUAGAUUAAUUUGUAAACGACGGCUCCUCGACGCCACGGGCCAUCGUAUGCCGUAUGUUCACGCGAGUUACGAAGUGAAUCACGGCUGGGAAUUCCCAGAGAAUCGUAUAUGGAAAUCGCAUCACAAUUGUAUAAAGAUGUCUACUGAUUAAAUGUAAUUUCCGUCGAA